GGUUGAAGUGGAUCAUCACAUGAUCAAGCCGACGAAAUGUCAGAGGAAGUGACACUAUUCAAGACGUGGUCGAGCGCAUUUGCUUUGAGGGUCGUGUGGGCACUGCAGCUCAAGGGCAUCCGAUACGAAUCCGUCCUGGAAGACAUCUCCAACAAAAGCGACCUCCUUCUCCGGUAUAACCCGGUUCAUAAGAAGGUACCGGUGCUUCUCCACAGCGGAAGACCGAUCUCAGAGUCCCUCGUAAUUCUCGAGUACCUUGAUGAGACAUGGAAGCAAGUCCCGCUUCUCCCGCGGGAUCCUUUUGCGAGGGCCACGGCGCGAUUCUGGGCCAAAUUUGGCGACGAAAAGGUCAUGCCAUCAAUGAGGACUGCUCUAAUGAGCGAAGGGAAAGAGCAAGAGGCAGCCCUUGCAGAGGCAAGUGAGCACCUGCAGAAGCUGGAAGAAGAGCUUAAAGGUAAGAAGUUCUUCGGCGGAGACAGCAUCGGGUAUCUGGACAUCGCACUCGGAUGGUUGGCCAAUCUAAACAGAGUCUUUGAGGAGAUGUGCAGCUUCAAAGUGGUUGAUGGUGAGAGGUUUCCACUUCUAUUUGCAUGGUUGGAGGAGUUCUCAGAUGCUCCAGUAAUCAAAGAUUGUUGGCCACCCCAUGACAAGCUCGUCCCCAAGUUCAUUGCUCUUCGUCAAGCGCAUCACGCAACAUCAUCGUCAUCGACUUGACCUAUUUUCUUUUGUGGGAGAGGGUGUUAAGACUUGUGUUACUGUCAAUUUUCAUCUUCACAUUCCAGAAUGAUAUGCUGCGCCCUUACUGAUCUGUUGAAACAGUUGCAAAGUAUAAUUUACAAAGCUACAAACAGAAUAGUGUGCCGACCAAACGGUGUAAAAUGACAUCACAUUAGCGACGACAAUAGCUUGAAGAUCAAAAUAACACCUCGACAGCAAUUAUAGAACCUGAUUUAGUGAUUUAGUAUGUCGAACAUGAUAAUCUCUCCACAUAGUUCCUACUUCCUCCAAACAGGCAAGAAAACCAAGAGAAAACCGAUAUAACAACUAGGCAAUAUUGUACAGUCAACUAACAUCAUUCAACAGCAGCAAAAUCUUAUGACAGUAGACACAAUGUCGGAGCUUAGAACAAAAGUGCGAGGAAAAAAACUUAUCAUGCAGUAUAAUUGCGAAGAGUGCUAAACCACUGCGGCCAAAGCACACAUUGAGAGAGGAUUGUGAUUGCAAGCAUUAUCUGAGUCCCAACCGACCAGAUGAAAAAUUCAAAAUACGCAGGUUGAUGGUUGAACUAAUAGACUCCUUGAGUUAUGGGAUCCUCAUGAUUGAUUCGAGUUAAAUACAUGGACGCCCGCCCGGCAGUCAUAAUUGCCAUCUUCCUAAUGAUUUCACCAACUACAAUCGUGGCAAAGCCGACAUUGCUGAUCCACCCUCAUUCUUGUGAAGCUGGAAAUAAAGAAACAUGAAGAAAAUACUCCCCAGCUAAAACAACAGUGCAAGAAGAUGAUUUCUGCUGAUGAAGAGGAAUUUAAGAGUCACAUUCGAUCUUCCAUGAAAGGCAACUGCAAGGCUAUACUCAAGCCCAUGAAAGACACGAGAGCAAUUGGGCAACUGUCUGCAAGAUGUGUAACUAUUAUAUCUCUGCCAUUUUUUUUACCAAACAAGGCGCAUCCAUUUGUAGUCUUGAGUUGAAUGUAGUUCUCUCAGACCCAGAGGAUACAGCAAUCAAACUGUGGGAUUUGGA